AGUUCCCAUGCCAUAUACUUAUUGGUCAACUCGCGUCUGCAGAUCUCAUGAUAUCUUCCUUUUUGUGUAUGUGUUUUUGUUUUCACUAAAAAAGAAACUUGUAACCCUAGAGAGGAAUCUGAGAGUGAGAAGAGGGAAGAAGAAAUUCACGGACUUUGAGAUAACGCUGGAAAAGUGAUGAAGCAGGGCGGAGGUUACGGUCACCGGAAGCGGAACGUUUGUUUCUGCGUGAUCGCCACAAUCGUCGUUAUAGUCCUUAUAAUAGUGAUUCUCGCACUCACCGUCUUUAAGGCCAAGCGUCCGGUGACAACCAUCAACGCCGUCUCCUUGAAGGACCUAGAUGUGUCGUUGAACCUCCCACGAGUCCGAGUGAACUUGAAUGUUACUCUCGAUGUCGAUCUGUCGAUCAAGAACCCGAACAAAGUCGGAUUCAAGUACAAAAACAGCACCACGCUCCUUAAUUACAGAGGGGAGCAAGUCGGAGAAGUUCCGAUUACCGCCGACAAGAUCUCGGCCGGCGAAACUAAGGCUAUGAACUUGACUCUCACGAUCAUGGCGGACAAAUUGCUCUCCAAUUCGCAGGUUUAUUCGGACGUGAUUGGCGGUGAGUUGCCUCUAUCCACUUUUUCUCGGAUCUCCGGUAAGGUUAGUAUUAUUGGUAUUAAGCUGAAAGUGGUUUCCACCACCACUUGUGAUUUCACUGUCUUUAUUUCCAAUAGAACGGUUGGUGAUCAACACUGCAAAUAUAAAACAAAAUUAUAGCUCUCUUUUUUAUUCUUAUGUACUUGAUUAUGCUAUUGCUGAUUUGCUGUCAAUUUUCCAUGUACGUACUUGUCUGAUUAUAAAUUGGUAUUGAUAAAUUUUAUUUCUUCCAUCAA